GUUCCUUCCUGUCUCCCUGAUACUGCAGCGUUCUGAGAGCGGCGCGUCCGGCUGGAUGGGACUUAGCGUCGAAAAGCCCCCUUUCUGUUGAGGGGGUUGUGAAGUGCGCAAAGAUGAAGCAGGCCCCGGAAACCCUUGGCAGCACGAACGGGAAGACUCAGGGCUGCGAGGUGAGCCGUGAGUGCUCCGUGUUCCUCAGCAAAGCCCAGCUCUCCACCGGCCUCCAGGACGGGGUCAUGCGGAAGUUCAACGGCCACGACGCACUGCCCUUCAUUCCGUCCGAGAAGCUGAAGGACCUGACGUCCCGCGUGUUUAAUGGUGAACCUGGUGCUCACGACGCCAAAUUGCGCUUUGAGUCCCAGGACCUGAAGGCGCUCGGGACACCGCCCAGCACCACCCCUAUCAAAAACGGCUCUCCGGAAAUUAAGUUGAAGAUCACCAAAACGUACAUGAAUGGGAAACCUCUCUUUGAAUCUUCAAUUUGUGGGGACGGCGCUGCCGCCGUGUCCCAGUCCGAAGAAAACGGACAAAAACCAGAAAAUAAGGCCAGAAGGAGCAGGAAGAGGAGCAUCAAAUAUGACUCCUUGCUGGAGCAAGGUCUUGUGGAAGCGGCGCUGGCGUCCAGGGUCUCCAGUCCCUCAGAGAAGAAGGUUGCGGCUAAGAAAGAGUCCUGUCCAAAUACCGGAAGAGACAAGGACCACCUGCUGAGGUACAGCGUCGGCCACCUGGUGUGGGCCAAAGUGUCCGGCUACCCUUGGUGGCCGUGCAUGGUCUCCGCUGACCCGCUCCUUCACAGCUAUACCAAACUGAAAGGUCAGAAAAAGAGUGCGCGCCAGUAUCACGUACAAUUCUUUGGUGAUGCCCCAGAGAGAGCUUGGAUAUUUGAGAAGAGCCUUGUAGCUUUUGAAGGAGGAGGACAGUUUGAAAAAUUAUGCCAGGAGAGUGCCAAGCAGGCGCCCACGAAAGCUGAGAAAAUUAAGCUGUUGAAACCUAUUUCAGGGAAAUUGAGGGCCCAGUGGGAAAUGGGCCUCGUGCAAGCUGAAGAAGCGGCAAGCAUGUCCGUAGAGGAGCGGAAAGCCAAGUUCACUUUCCUCUAUGUGGGGGACCAGCUUCAUCUCAACCCUCACGUAGCUAAGGAGGCAGGCACUUCUGUGGAGCCUCCGCCUCAGGGACAGAUGGCAGAACCCUCAGGAGUCCCUGAAGAAGCUGUCGCUGACCCCAAGUCCACCCGAGAAGAAGGCAUUCCCAUCAAGAGAAGGCGGAGAGGGAAGCUGGCCAGCUCUGCCCAGACCCACGCAGGCGACCCUGGGACGCUACAGAGCACACCUCGAAAGACGGCAGAGGGCGAGCCCAAGAGAGGAGUCGGGUCUCCUCCUGGGAGGAAGAAGGCCACAGCCUCGGCUCCACGAAGCAGAAAGGGAGACGCGGCUGCCCAGUUUCUGGUCUUCUGUCAGAAGCACAGGGAUGAGGUGGUCGCGGAGCACCCCGACGCCUCAGCCGACGAGGUCGAAGAGCUGCUUGCGGCCCAGUGGAACAUGCUCAGCGAGAAGCAGAAGGCGCGCUACCACACCAAAUUCGCCCUGGUGGCCUCCCCGCAGUCCGAGGAAGACUCUGGUAACAUAACCGGAAGAAAAAGAAACCAGGCAAAGAGGACGCAGGACCUUCCUGAAGACGUUGACGCUGAUGAGGCACCCCGGAAGAGGCCCAGGGCCGAGAAGCCCGGUCUCCGGAAGGGCCGCCAUUCAGUGUGUACAGGAAGUGCCACGCAGUCCUGUUUGAUGCAGCAAAGUGACAGCAUAGACAUGAAGGCCCCGGGGGACAGAAAGCCAGCCUCCGAGCGUCUUCCAGCGUCAACGAAACACCUGUCUGACGCAUGCAAACCCCUGAAGAAGCGCAACCGGGCGUCUGCAGCGGCGGCGUCCACUCCUUUUAGCAAAAGUUCGUCUCCUUCUGCGUCCUUAACUGAGAAUGAGAGCACACAGAAGCAGAGUGACAGCUCUGCCAGGCUGUCCCCACCCCUGUGUCAUGGCAUCUGGACUUCGCCAGCAAAUCCAAAGGCUUUGCACACACUCCUGCUGCAGCAGUCCGCGUCGGGCCGCCCUGGGCCCGCGACGGGACACCGCGCCCAGGGGCUGGCCUUGCUGGCGGCCGCGCGCAUCCUCCGGCUCGUGACUCGUGAGUCUGUCCUGAGCAGUGCCGGCGUCCGCACCGUCGGAAACCGAGGGAGCGGCUCGCGGUGGGAGGAGUCCUCGCCAGCUCUUCCCGGCGCCCGUGGAGGGCUGCGGGGAGGCCGGCGCGGGGUGUGCCCGUCGCCCUGGUCCCGGCCCGGCCCGGCCCGUGCCUUCAGGGCUCUGUCCCUGCCUUUCCGUCCGCAGCUGUGCGAGAAGCCGGGCGGCCUCCUGUGCCAGGGGCCCUGCUGCGGGGCCUUCCACCUCGCCUGCCUCGGGCUGUCCCGGAGACCGGAGGGCAGGUUCACCUGCAGCGAGUGCACCUCAGGGAUUCACUCGUGUUUUGUGUGUAAGGAGAGCAAGACCGACGUGCGGCGCUGUGUCGUGUCGCAGUGCGGCAAGUUCUACCACGAAGCGUGCGUGAGGAAGUACCCGCUGACCGUGUUCGAGAGCCGAGGCUUCCGCUGCCCCCUGCACAGCUGCGUGAGCUGCCACGCGUCCAACCCUUCCAACCCCAGGCCGUCGAAAGGGAAGCUGAUGCGGUGCGUCCGCUGCCCCGUCGCCUACCACGGAGGGGACGCCUGCCUGGCGGCCGGCUGCACGGUGAUCGCCUCCAACAGCAUCGUCUGCAGCGGCCACUUCACCGCCCGCAAGGGGCGGAGGCAUCACGCCCACGUGAACGUGAGCUGGUGCUUCGUGUGCUCCAAAGGGGGAAGCCUGCUGUGCUGCGAGUCCUGCCCGGCGGCCUUCCACCCCGACUGCCUGAGCAUCGAGAUGCCGGACGGCAGCUGGUUCUGCAGCGAGUGCCGCGCGGGGAAGCGGCUGCGCUUCCAGGACGUCGUCUGGGUCAAGCUGGGGAACUACAGAUGGUGGCCGGCAGAAGUUUGCCAUCCCAAAAAUGUCCCCCCAAAUAUUCAGAGAAUGAAGCACGAGAUUGGAGAAUUCCCUGUGUUUUUCUUUGGGUCUAAAGAUUAUUACUGGACGCAUCAGGCACGAGUGUUCCCGUACGUGGAGGGGGACCGGGGCAGCCGCCACCAGGGGCUCAGAGGGAUCGGAAGAGUCUUCAAAAACGCACUGCAGGAAGCUGAAGCUCGUUUUCGAGAAAUCAAGCUGCAGAGGGAGGCUCGGGAGACGCAGGAGAGCGAGCGCAAGCCCCCGCCGUACAAGCACAUCAAGGUGAACAAGCCGUACGGGAAAGUGCAGAUCCACACGGCGGACAUCUCCGAGAUCCCUAAGUGCAACUGCAAGCCCACGGACGAGAGCCCCUGCGGCUCCGACUCGGAGUGCCUGAACCGCAUGCUGAUGUUCGAGUGCCACCCGCAGGUGUGCCCCGCGGGCGGGCGCUGCCAGAACCAGCACUUCACCAAGCGCCAGUACCCCGAGACCAAGGUCGUCAAGACUGCCGGCAAGGGGUGGGGCCUGGUCGCCAAGCGGGACAUCAGGAAGGGCGAGUUUGUGAACGAGUAUGUGGGCGAGCUGAUCGACGAGGAGGAGUGCAUGGCGAGGAUCAAACACGCGCACGAGAACGACAUCACGCACUUCUACAUGCUCACCAUAGACAAGGACCGGAUAAUUGAUGCCGGCCCCAAAGGAAACUACUCCCGAUUCAUGAACCACAGCUGCCAGCCCAACUGUGAGACCCUCAAGUGGACGGUGAACGGGGACACCCGUGUGGGCCUGUUUGCCGUGUGCGACAUCCCUGCAGGGACAGAGCUGACCUUUAACUACAACCUCGACUGUUUGGGUAACGAGAAGACAGUCUGUCGGUGUGGGGCCUCCAACUGCAGCGGGUUCCUCGGGGACAGACCAAAGGCCUCAACAUCCCUUUCUUCAGAGGAAAAGGGCAAAAAGACCAAGAAAAGAACAAGGAGGCGGAGAACGAGAGGUGAAGCGAAGAAGGAGUCGGAGGACGAGUGUUUCCGCUGCGGGGACGGCGGCCAGCUGGUGCUGUGUGACCGCAGGUCCUGCACCAAGGCCUACCACCUGUCGUGCCUGCGCCUGCGCAAGCGGCCCUUCGGGAAGUGGGAAUGUCCAUGGCAUCACUGUGACGUGUGUGGCCGACCUUCCACGUCGUUUUGCCACUUCUGCCCCAAUUCGUUCUGCAAGGAGCACCAGGACGGGGCGGUCCUCGGCGCCACGCGCGACGGGCGGCCGUGCUGCUGCGAGCAUGACCUGGGGGCCGCGUCGGCUCGGAGCGCCCAGACUGCGAAACCCUUUCCGGAGCCCAGCAAGUCCAAGGGCAAGAGGAAGAAGAGAAGGUGCUGGCGGAGGGUCACGGAAGGCAAAUAG